CGCUCCGCUUCCUGCCGCUUCCCGCCCGCGAUGGCGCCGUUCGAACCGGCGGCGCUGCCCGAUCUGCUCCCGGUGUUCUACCGGAGGCUGUUCCCGCACGGAGCCUACGGCCGAUGGCUCCGCUACGGCGGCGUGGUGAAGAACUACUUCCAGCUGCGGGAGUUCUCCUUCACGCUGCGGGAUGAUGUCUACCUGCGGUUCCAGUCCUUCAGCAGCCCCCAGGAGCUGGAGCGGGAGCUGCAGAAAACCAACCCCUACAAGAUCGACAUUGGUGCCGUCUACUCCCACCGGCCCAACCAGCACAACACGGUGCACUUGGGAGCCUUCCAGCCGCAGGAGAAGGAGCUGGUCUUUGAUAUCGACAUGACAGACUAUGAUGAUGUCCGCACGUGCUGCAGCUCUGCCGAUAUCUGCUCCAAGUGCUGGACCCUGAUGACCAUUGCCAUCCGCAUCAUUGACCGUGCCCUCGUGGAGGACCUGGGCCUGAAGCAUCGCCUGUGGGUGUACUCGGGCCGCAGGGGUGUUCACUGCUGGGUGUGUGAUGAUGCUGUGCGCAAGUGGUCCCCAGCGCUGCGGGCAGCAACGGUGGAGUACCUGACCCUGGUGAAGGGCGGAGCAGAGACCGUGAAGAAGGUGAACCUGACCGAGCCCCUCCACCCCUUCAUCAGGCGCUCAGUUGCUGUGGUGGAGAAGUACUUUGAGAGCUACGCGCUGGUGGGGCAGGAUAUCCUGGGCAGCCCCGAGAGCUGGGACAAGGUGCUGGCCCUCAUCCCGGAGGAGCACCGAGAGGCUCUGCAGGCCGAGUUCCCCAAGAAGAGGGACUCUGUGCACCGCUGGGAGCUGCUGAAGAGCCGCAUGGAGCGGACACGGAAGCAGGCGGCCAGCGGGAAAGGCACCGGGUGCUUCGCGGACUGGGAGGUGAUGCUGCAGUUCUGCUUCCCUCGCCUCGACAUCAACGUCAGCAAAGGGAUCGGGCACCUCCUGAAGAGCCCCUUCAGCGUCCACCCCAAAACGGGCCGCAUCUCGGUACCCCUGGACCUGCAGAAGCUCGACCAGUUCGACCCCUUCGCUGUCCCCACCAUCAGCUCCCUGUGCCAUGAGCUGGAUGCGGCCGGAGCCGACGAGGAGCAGGAGGAUGGAGCAGAGACGGAGCCAAAGCGACGCACACGGGACUACAAGAGGACGAGUCUGGCACCAUAUGUGAGGCUGUUCGAGCUCUUCGUGGAGGACAUGGAGCGAGAGCGGAGGGGAGAGAUGCUGCGGAGGAGCGACCUACAAGGAGACUUCUGAUCCGCAGUGCCUGGAGCCAGACCCCGAUCCCUGCCCCACUCCCCUGCCCCACAUGGACCCUUUGGUUUUGUACCUUUCCUAUGCAAACAUCAUUAAAUGUCCCCAUCCA